AUGUCUCACUCGAACAAGAGGCAAAGGAUGGAUGGUGGUGGUGGAGGAGGUGGUGGUGGUGCAGCACAUCGCAAGCAAGGCGCCAAUUUCAAGAAGCGUUGCCAUUCGCAUACGCAUACCAUCGACAAACCGCACGGCAAGGAUGAAGCUUUGGCUCGGCUGUUGGCCUUGAACAGUCUGAAUGAGCAGAUGGAUGAGAAGAGGUUGGAUAAAGGCGGCGGCGGCGGCAGCGUCGCGGGUGCAGAUGAUGCGUCCAUCGGAUCUCUUGCCAAACCGCAGCAGAAAGUGGAAGAGGCAAGCGGUAAGGACGAGGGACAUCGCAGCGCUCCUCCAACAUCGCAUGCACCUUCAAGGGCCGCCGAAGAUUCACAGCCGCAAGUUCAAGAGAGCAAACAGAACAAUAAGAAGAAGGGAAAGCAGCAACAGCAACAGCAAAAGCAAAAGCAUCAGCAAGGUCAGAUCAAGGGUAAAGAAGACUUGAUGCCGGGUAGGAAGAGCGUGUUUAGACCGGUGCUCAGGAGCGGGCUAGAAAUCGCUUGGUGA